AUGUUGUUGGCUCUUGGCGCUUGUCUGCUGUACAGAGCAGAGCAGACAAUCCAUGUUGUUGGCUCUGGCGCUUGUCUGCUGCACAGAGCAGAGCAGGCAAUCCAUGUUGUUGGCUCUGGCGCUUGUCUGCUGCACAGAGCAGAGCAGACAAUCCAUGUUGUUGGCUCUGGCGCUUGUCUGCUGCACAGAGCAGAGCAGACAAUCCAUGUUGUUGGCUCUGGCGCUUGUCUGCUAUACAGAGCAGAGCAGACAAUCCAUGUUGUUGGCUCUGGCGCUUGUCUGCUGUACAGAGCAGAGCAGACAAUCCAUGUUGUUGGCUCUGGCGCUUGUCUGCUGUACAGAGCAGAGCAGACAAUCCAUGUUGUUGGCUCUGGCGCUUGUCUGCUGCACAGAGCAGAGCAGACAAUCCAUUUUGUUGGCUCUGGCGCUUGUCUGCUGCAAAGAGCAGAGCAGACAAUCCAUGUUGUUGGCUCUGGCGCUUGUCUGCUGCACAGAGCAGAGCAGACAAUCCAUGUUGUUGGCUCUGGCGCUUGUCUGCUGUACAGAGCAGAGCAGACAAUCCAUGUUGUUGGCUCUGGCGCUUGUCUGCUGUAUAGAGCAGAGCAGACAAUCCAUGUUGUUGGCUCUGGCGCUUGUCUGAUGUACAGAGCAGAGCAGACAAUCCAUGUUGUUGGCUCUGGCGCUUGUCUGCUGCACAGAGCAGAGCAGACAAUCCAUGCUGUUGGCUCUGGCGCUUGUCAGCUGUACAGAGCAGAGCAGACAAUCCAUGUCGUUGGCUCUGGCGCUUGUCAGCUGCAAAGAGCAGAGCAGACAAUCCAUGUCGUUGGCUCUGGCGCUUGUCUGCUGCACAGAGCAGAGCAGACAAUCCAUGUUGUUGGCUCUGGCGCUUGUCUGCUGCACAGAGCAGAGCAGACAAUCCAUGUUGUUGGCUCUGGCGCUUGUCUGCUGCAAAGAGCAGAGCACACAAUCCAUGUUGUUGGCUCUGGCGCUUGUCUGCUGCACAGAGCAGAGCACACAAUCCAUGUUGUUGGCUCUGGCGCUUGUCUGCUGCACAGAGCAGAGCAGACAAUCCAUGUUGUUGGCUCUGGCGCUUGUCUGCUGCACAGAGCAGAGCAGACAAUCCAUGUUGUUGGCUCUGGCGCUUGUCAGCUGCACAGAGCAGAGCAGACAAUCCAUGUUGUUGGCUCUGGCGCUUGUCUGCUGUACAGAGCAGAGCAGACAAUCCAUGUUGUUGGCUCUGGCGCUUGUCUGCUGCACAGAGCAGAGCAGACAAUCCAUGUUGUUGGCUCUGGCGCUUGUCUGCUGCACAGAGCAGAGCAGACAAUCCAUGUUGUUGGCUCUGGCGCUUGUCAGCUGCACAGAGCAGAGCAGACACUCCAUGUUGUUGGCUCUGACGCUUGUCAGCUGUACAGAGCAGAGCAGAUAAUCCAUGUUGUUGGCUCUUGCGCUUCUCUGCUGCACAGAGCAGAGCAGACAAUCCAUGUUGUUGGCUCUGGCGCUUGUCUGCUGUACAGAGCAGAGCAGACAAUCCAUGUUGUUGGCUCUGGCGCUUGUCUGCUGCACAGAGCAGAGCAGACAAUCCAUGUUGUUGGCUCUGGCGCUUGUCUGCUGCACAGAGCAGAGCAGACAAUCCAUGUUGUUGGCUCUGGCGCUUGUCUGCUGCAUAGAGCAGAGCAGACAAUCCAUGUUGUUGGCUCUGGCGCUUGUCUGCUGCACAGAGCAGAGCAGACAAUCCAUGUUGUUGGCUCUGGCGCUUGUCUGCUGCACAGAGCAGAGCAGACAAUCCAUGUUGUUGGCUCUGGCGCUUGUCUGCUGCACAGAGCAGAGCAGACAAUCCAUGUUGUUGGCUCUGGCGCUUGUCUGCUGCACAGAGCAGAGCAGACAAUCCAUGUUGUUGGCUCUGGCGCUUGUCUGCUGCACAGAGCAGAGCAGACAAUCCAUGUUGUUGGCUCUGGCGCUUGUCUGCUGCACAGAGCAGAGCAGACAAUCCAUGUUGUUGGCUCUGGCGCUUGUCUGCUGCACAGAGCAGAGCAGACAAUCCAUGUUGUUGGCUCUGGCGCUUGUCUGCUGCACAGAGCAGAGCAGACAAUCCAUGUUGUUGGCUCUGGCGCUUGUCAGCUGUACAGAGCAGAGCAGACAAUCCAUGUUGUUGGCUCUGGCGCUUGUCUGCUGCACAGAGCAGAGCAGACAAUCCAUGUUGUUGGCUCUGGCGCUUGUCUGCUGUACAGAGCAGAGCAGACAAUCCAUGUUGUUGGCUCUGGCGCUUGUCUGCUGCACAGAGCAGAGCAGACAAUCCAUGUUGUUGGCUCUGGCGCUUGUCUGCUGCACAGAGCAGAGCAGACACUCCAUGUUGUUGGCUCUGGCGCUUGUCAGCUGUACAGAGCAGAGCAGAUAAUCCAUGUUGUUGGCUCUGGCGCUUGUCUGCUGCACAGAGCAGAGCAGACAAUCCAUGUUGUUGGCUUUGGCGCUUGUCUGCUGUACAGAGCAGAGCAGACAAUCCAUGUUGUUGGCUCUGGCGCUUGUCUGCUGCACAGAGCAGAGCAGGCAAUCCAUGUUGUUGGCUCUGGCGCUUGUCUGCUGCACAGAGCAGAGCAGACAAUCCAUGUUGUUGGCUCUGGCGCUUGUCUGCUGCACAGAGCAGAGCAGACAAUCCAUGUUGUUGGCUCUGGCGCUUGUCUGCUAUACAGAGCAGAGCAGACAAUCCAUGUUGUUGGCUCUGGCGCUUGUCUGCUGUACAGAGCAGAGCAGACAAUCCAUGUUGCUGGCUCUGGCGCUUGUCUGCUGUACAGAGCAGAGCAGACAAUCCAUGUUGUUGGCUCUGGCGCUUGUCUGCUGCACAGAGCAGAGCAGGCAGUCCAUUUUGUUGGCUCUGGCGCUUGUCUGCUGCAAAGAGCAGAGCAGACAAUCCAUGUUGUUGGCUCUGGCGCUUGUCUGCUGCACAGAGCAGAGCAGACAAUCCAUGUUGUUGGCUCUGGCGCUUGUCUGCUGCACAGAGCAGAGCAGACAAUCCAUGUUGUUGCUCUGGCGCUUUCUGCUGCACAGAGCAGAGCAGACAAUCCAUGUUGUUGGCUCUGGCGCUUGUCUGCUGUACAGAGCAGAGCAGACAAUCCAUGUUGUUGGCUCUGGCGCUUGUCUGCUGUACAGAGCAGAGCAGACAAUCCAUGUUGUUGGCUCUGGCGCUUGUCUGCUGUACAGAGCAGAGCAGACAAUCCAUGUUGUUGGCUCUGGCGCUUAGCAGAGCAGACAAUCCAUGUUGUUGGCUCUGGCGCUUGUCUGCUGUACAGAGCAGAGCAGACAAUCCAUGUUGUUGGCUCUGGCGCUUCUCUGCUGCACAGAGCAGAGCAGACAAUCCAUGUUGUUGGCUCUGGCGCUUGUCUGCUGUACAGAGCAGAGCAGACAAUCCAUGUUGUUGGCUCUGGCGCUUGUCUGCUGCACAGAGCAGAGCAGACAAUCCAUGUUGUUGGCUCUGGCGCUUGUCUGCUGCACAGAGCAGAGCAGACAAUCCAUGUUGUUGGCUCUGGCGCUUGUCUGCUGCACAGAGCAGAGCAGACAAUCCAUGUUGUUGGCUCUGGCGCUUGUCUGCUGCACAGAGCAGAGCAGACAAUCCAUGUUGUUGGCUCUGGCGCUUGUCUGCUGCACAGAGCAGAGCAGACAAUCCAUGUUGUUGGCUCUGGCGCUUGUCUGCUGCACAGAGCAGAGCAGACAAUCCAUGUCGUUGGCUCUGGCGCUUGUCUGCUGCACAGAGCAGAGCAGACAAUCCAUGUUGUUGGCUCUGGCGCUUGUCUGCUGCACAGAGUAGAGCAGACAAUCCAUGUUGUUGGCUCUGGCGCUUGUCUGCUGCACAGAGCAGAGCAGACAAUCCAUGUUGUUGGCUCUGGCGCUUGUCAGCUGCACAGAGCAGAGCAGACACUCCAUGUUGUUGGCUCUGGCGCUUGUCAGCUGUACAGAGCAGAGCAGAUAAUCCAUGUUGUUGGCUCUGGCGCUUGUCUGCUGCACAGAGCAGAGCAGACAAUCCAUGUUGUUGGCUCUGGCGCUUGUCUGCUGUACAGAGCAGAGCAGACAAUCCAUGUUGUUGGCUCUGGCGCUUGUCUGCUGCACAGAGCAGAGCAGGCAAUCCAUGUUGUUGGCUCUGGCGCUUGUCUGCUGCACAGAGCAGAGCAGACACUCCAUGUUGUUGGCUCUGGCGCUUGUCAGCUGUACAGAGCAGAGCAGACAAUCCAUGUUGUUGGCUCUGGCGCUUGUCUGCUGCACAGAGCAGAGCAGACAAUCCAUGUUGUUGGCUUUGGCGCUUGUCUGCUGUACAGAGCAGAGCAGGCAAUCCAUGUUGUUGGCUCUGGCGCUUGUCUGCUGCACAGAGCAGAGCAGGCAAUCCAUGUUGUUGGCUCUGGCGCUUGUCUGCUGCACAGAGCAGAGCAGACAAUCCAUGUUGUUGGCUCUGGCGCUUGUCUGCUAUACAGAGCAGAGCAGACAAUCCAUGUUGUUGGCUCUGGCGCUUCAGAGCAGACAAUCCAUGUUGUUGGCUCUGGCGCUUGUCUGCUGCACAGAGCAGAGCAGACAAUCCAUGUUGUUGGCUCUGGCGCUUGUCAGCUGCACAGAGCAGAGCAGACACUCCAUGUUGUUGGCUCUGGACGCUUGUCAGCUGUACAGAGCAGAGCAGAUAAUCCAUGUUGUUGGCUCUGGCGCUUGUCUGCUGCACAGAGCAGAGCAGACAAUCCAUGUUGUUGGCUCUGGCGCUUGUCUGCUGCACAGAGCAGAGCAGACAAUCCAUGUUGUUGGCUCUGGCGCUUGUCUGCUGUACAGAGCAGAGCAGGACAAUCCAUGUUGUUGGCUCUGGCGCUUGUCUGCUGUACUAGAGUAGAGCAGACAAUCCAUGUUGUUGGCUCUGGCGCUUGUCUGAUGUACAGAGCAGAGCAGACAAUCCAUGUUGUUGGCUCUGGCGCUUGUCUGCUGCACAGAGCAGAGCAGACAAUCCAUGUUGUUGGCUCUGGCGCUUGUCUGCUGCACAGAGCAGAGCAGACAAUCCAUGUUGUUGGCUCUGGCGCUUGUCUGCUGCACAGAGCAGAGCAGACAAUCCAUGUUGUUGGCUCUGGCGCUUGUCUGCUGCACAGAGCAGAGCAGACAAUCCAUGUUGUUGGCUCUGGCGCUUAUCAGCUGCACAGAGCAGAGCAGACAAUCCAUGUUGUUGGCUCUGGCGCUUGUCUGCUGCACAGAGCAGAGCAGACAAUCCAUGUUGUUGGCUCUGGCGCUUGUCUGCUGCACAGAGCAGAGCAGACAAUCCAUGUUGUUGGCUCUGGCGCUUGUCUGCUGCACAGAGUAGAGCAGACAAUCCAUGUUGUUGGCUCUGGCGCUUGUCUGCUGCAGAGAGCAGAGCAGACAAUCCAUGUCGUUGUCUCUGGCGCUUGUCUGCUGCACAGAGCAGAGCAGACAAUCCAUGUUGUUGGCUCUGGCGCUUGUCUGCUGCACAGAGCAGAGCAGACAAUCCAUGUUGUUGGCUCUGGCGCUUGUCUGCUGCACAGAGCAGAGCAGACAAUCCAUGUUGUUGGCUCUGGCGCUUGUCAGCUGCACAGAGCAGAGCAGACACUCCAUGUUGUUGGCUCUGGCGCUUGUCUGAUGUACAGAGCAGAGCAGACAAUCCAUGUUGUUGGCUCUGGCGCUUGUCUGCUGCACAGAGCAGAGCAGACAAUCCAUGUUGUUGGCUCUGGCGCUUGUCUGCUGCACAGAGCAGAGCAGACAAUCCAUGUUGUUGGCUCUGGCGCUUGUCUGCUGCACAGAGCAGAGCAGACAAUCCAUGUUGUUGGCUCUGGCGCUUGUCUGCUGCACAGAGCAGAGCAGACAAUCCAUGUUGUUGGCUCUGGCGCUUGUCUGCUGCACAGAGCAGAGCAGACAAUCCAUGUUGUUGGCUCUGGCGCUUGUCAGCUGCACAGAGCAGAGCAGACACUCCAUGUUGUUGGCUCUGGCGCUUGUCAGCUGCACAGAGCAGAGCAGACACUCCAUGUUGUUGGCUCUGGCGCUUGUCAGCUGUACAGAGCAGAGCAGAUAAUCCAUGUUGUUGGCUCUGGCGCUUGUCUGCUGCACAGAGCAGAGCAGACAAUCCAUGUUGUUGGCUUUGGCGCUUGUCUGCUGUACAGAGCAGAGCAGACAAUCCAUGUUGUUGGCUCAGGCACUUGUCUGCUGCACAGAGCAGAGCAGGCAAUCCAUGUUGUUGGCUCUGGCGCUUGUCUGCUGCACAGAGCAGAGCAGACAAUCCAUGUUGUUGGCUCUGGCGCUUGUCUGCUGCACAGAGCAGAGCAGACAAUCCAUGUUGUUGGCUCUGGCGCUUGUCUGCUAUACAGAGCAGAGCAGACAAUCCAUGUUGUUGGCUCUGGCGCUUGUCUGCUGUACAGAGAAGAGCAGACAAUCCAUGUUGCUGGCUCUGGCGCUUGUCUGCUGUACAGAGCAGAGCAGACAAUCCAUGUUGUUGGCUCUGGCGCUUGUCUGCUGCACAGAGCAGAGCAGGCAGUCCAUUUUGUUGGCUCUGGCGCUUGUCUGCUGCAAAGAGCAGAGCAGACAAUCCAUGUUGUUGGCUCUGGCGCUUGUCUGCUGCACAGAGCAGAGCAGACAAUCCAUGUUGUUGGCUCUGGCGCUUGUCUGCUGUACAGAGCAGAGCAGACAAUCCAUGUUGUUGGCUCUGGCGCUUGUCUGCUGUAUAGAGCAGAGCAGAUAAUCCAUGUUGUUGGCUCUGGCGCUUGUCUGAUGUACAGAGCAGAGCAGACAAUCCAUGUUGUUGGCUCUGGCGCUUGUCUGCUGCACAGAGCAGAGCAGACAAUCCAUGCUGUUGGCUCUGGCGCUUGUCAGCUGUACAGAGCAGAGCAGACAAUCCAUGUCAUUGGCUCUGGCGCUUGUCAGCUGCAAAGAGCAGAGCAGACAAUCCAUGUCGUUGGCUCUGGCGCUUGUCUGCUGCACAGAGCAGAGCAGACAAUCCAUGUUGUUGGCUCUGGCGCUUGUCUGCUGCACAGAGCAGAGCAGACAAUCCAUGUUGUUGGCUCUGGCGCUUGUCUGCUGCACAGAGCAGAGCAGACAAUCCAUGUUGUUGGCUCUGGCGCUUGCCUGCUGCAAAGAGCAGAGCAGACAAUCCAUGUUGUUGGCUCUGGCGCUUGUCUGCUGCACAGAGCAGAGCACACAAUCCAUGUUGUUGGCUCUGGCGCUUGUCUGCUGCACAGAGCAGAGCAGACAAUCCAUGUUGUUGGCUCUGGCGCUUGUCUGCUGCAUAGAGCAGAGCAGACAAUCCAUGUUGUUGGCUCUGGCGCUUGUCAGCUGCACAGAGCAGUGCAGACAAUCCAUGUUGUUGGCUCUGGCGCUUGUCUGCUGCACAGAGCAGAGCAGACAAUCCAUGUUGUUGGUUCUGGCGCUUGUCUGCUGCACAUAGCAGAGCAGACAAUCCAUGUUGUUGGCUCUGGCGCUUGUCUGCUGCACAGAGCAGAGCAGACAAUCCAUGUUGUUGGCUCUGGCGCUUGUCAGCUGCACAGAGCAGAGCAGACACUCCAUGUUGUUGGCUCUGACGCUUGUCAGCUGUACAGAGCAGAGCAGAUAAUCCAUGUUGUUGGCUCUUGCGCUUGUCUGCUGCACAGAGCAGAGCAGACAAUCCAUGUUGUUGGCUCUGGCGCUUGUCUGCUAUACAGAGCAGAGCAGACAAUCCAUGUUGUUGGCUCUGGCCCUUGUCUGCUGCACAGAGCAGAGCAGGCAAUCCAUGUUGUUGGCUCUGGCGCUUGUCUGCUGCACAGAGCAGAGCAGACAAUCCAUGUUGUUGGCUCUGGCGCUUGUCUGCUGCACAGAGCAGAGCAGACAAUCCAUGUUGUUGGCUCUGGCGCUUGUCUGCUGCACAGAGCAGAGCAGACAAUCCAUGUUGUUGGCUCUGGCGCUUGUCUGCUGCACAGAGCAGAGCAGACAAUCCAUCUCGUUGGCUCUGGCGCUUGUCUGCUGCACAGAGCAGAGCAGACAAUCCAUGUCGUUGGCUCUGGCGCUUGUCUGCUGCACAGAGCAGAGCAGACACUCCAUGUUGUUGGCUCUGGCGCUUGUCAGCUGUACAGAGCAGAGCAGAUAAUCCAUGUUGUUGGCUCUGGCGCUUGUCUGCUGCACAGAGCAGAGCAGACAAUCCAUGUUGUUGGCUCUGGCGCUUGUCUGCUGCACAGAGCAGAGCAGACAAUCCAUGUUGUUGGCUCUGGCGCUUGUCUGCUGCACAGAGCAGAGCAGACAAUCCAUGUUGUUGGCUCUGGCGCUUGUCAGCUGCACAGAGCAGAGCAGACACUCCAUGUUGUUGGCUCUGACGCUUGUCAGCUGUACAGAGCAGAGCAGAUAAUCCAUGUUGUUGGCUCUGGCGCUUGUCUGCUGCACAGAGCAGAGCAGACAAUCCAUGUUGUUGGCUCUGGCGCUUGUCUGCUGCACAGAGCAGAGCAGACAAUCCAUGUUGUUGGCUCUGGCGCUUGUCUGCUGCACAGAGCAGAGCAGACAAUCCAUGUUGUUGGCUCUGGCGCUUGUCUGCUGCACAGAGCAGAGCAGACAAUCCAUGUUGUUGGCUCUGGCACUUGUCUGCUGUACAGAGCAGAGCAGACAAUCCAUGUUGUUGGCUCUGGCGCUUGUCUGCUGUAG